CCCUCCUCCGCGCCCACCAUCUCAAGGCUCCUGGACUGUAAGGGACCCCUGCAGUCCCCAGAGCUGAGGCCGGCAGGGGCAGAGACUAUGAGGCAAGCAGCUCAUCGACCCAGGCCUCCUUAGGACCAGCCUGCCAGCCAGCAAGCAAGAGAGAGCAGCGGAGAGGGAAGCAGGGGAGAAAGGACCUCAGCGGGCCAUUGGGGAUCACCCAUGGCAGCACCUGAGGACCCUACGCAGGUGGAGGAGUCAUGAUGGAUGGCCAGACUCACAGACACUGACAGACACACAGCCACACCAAUGCACACAGCUACACAACACUGACAUACUCAAAUACAACCAGUGACAGCAUCACACACUGCCACAGCCCUGCAAUCCAGACACCCACACGCACGCAGAAACAACUGGUAACUCUGAAACAGGCAGACAGUGACACACAGCACCACUCCCCUCAACACACAUAAGUGGGGGUGUCCAUCCUCCAAAUGCACAUAAGACAGUGUUGAAUUGCAUGGACAGAUCUGGACACACACAUAUACUCUCACCCAGGCUCGGCUGUCAGUGGCCUCUGCACAUACUCCCCACCCCCACAGGGACACCCUCACUCCUUCACAUAUUCACGCACACACACAGCCACAAGCAAACACAGCUCACAUACCCCUAGCUCCAGCUCCGGCAGCCCAACGCCUUCUGCAGCCUCCUUUGUGGGAGGGGAAGAGCUCAGCCAACCUUGGAUGGAGCCUCGGUGAAGCCAAGCGCUCUGUGGGGAGAGGGUCUAGCCCGGCAUGACCCUCGCUAGUCCCCCCACUUUGUUGGGUGAUGUUCUCCAGCCUGGGUUCUGGGGUCCCUUGGCAGCACCAUGGAGCAACUGACAACUCUCCCACGGCCUGGGGACCCAGGAGUCAUGGAGCUGUGGGCACUGCCUGCCUGGCAGAGCUGGACUCUAGGCCAGGGGGGUGAACCUGGGGAUGCAUCCCCAAGCAUUGCUGAUACUCCUUCACCAGCUCUGCGGGUUAAGGAACUGAGGCUUGAAAAGAGUUCUGAGCCCAAAGGAGUCUGGAGCUCUGGGCCGAUGGGGGGCAUUGAUGCUGAAGGAGCAGAGGCUGGGCUGCCUGGCCUGGGGCAGCAAGCAGCAAGCUCUGGAUCUGGCUGCCUGAGACUGGAGAAUGAGGCAGUGGAGGCUGUCCCUAAGGCCAAGCUGAACAUGAGCAUUGGGGACAGGCCCAAUCUGGAGCUGUUGAGGGCCCUGGGGGAACUGCAGCAGCGCUGUGCCAUCCUUAAGGAGGAAAACCAGAUGCUGAGGAAGAGCAGCUUCCCUGAGACAGAAGAGAAGGUGAGGAGGCUGAAGCGGAAGAAUGCCGAGCUGGCGGUCAUUGCCAAGCGCCUGGAGGAGAGGGCCCGGAAGCUGCAGGAAACGAACCUGAGGGUGGUGAGUGCCCCUGUGCCCAGGCCUGGGGCCACCUUGGAGUUAUGCCGGAAGGCCCUAGCUCGCCAGAGAGCCCGGGACCUCAGCGAGACCGCCAGUGCACUGCUGGCAAAGGACAAGCAGAUUGCGGCCUUGCAGCGGGAGUGCAGGGAGCUGCAGGCCAGGCUCACCCUGGUGGGCAAGGAGGGUCCCCAGUGGCUCCACGUGCGGGACUUCGAUCGGCUGUUGCGAGAGUCCCAGCGGGAGGUGCUGAGGCUGCAGAGGCAGAUCGCCCUGCGCAACCAGCAGGAGCCGUCUUCCCAGUCCCAGCCCCCGGCCAGAGUAGGGGCGCCGGCCCCCGGGGCCCCAGGAGAGGCCACACCCCAGGAGUAUGUGGACAACCCACCCGUGGUCCUAGGGGAGCCAGAGAAACACCAGAGGGUGCAGCAGCUGGAAUCAGAGCUCAGCAAGAAGCGGAAGAAAUGCGAGAGCCUAGAGCACGAAGCCCGGAAAAAGCAGAGGCGAUGUGAGGAGCUGGAGCUGCAGCUGAGGGAAGCCCAGAAUGAGAAUGCCCGCCUGGUGGAGGAGAACUCUCGGCUCAGUGGGAGAGCCACGGAGAAGGAGCAGGUGGAGUGGGAGAAUGUGGAGCUGAGGGGCCAGCUCCUGGGGGUGACACAGGAGAGGGACUCAGCCCUUCGCAAGAGCCAGGGCCUGCAGAGCAAGCUGGAGAGCCUGGAGCAGGUGCUGAAGCACAUGCGGGAGGUGGCCCAGCGGCGGCAACAGCUAGAGGUGGAACAUGAGCAGGCUCGGCUCAGCCUACAGGAGAAGCAGGAGGAAGUCCAGAGGCUGCAGCAGGCCCAGGCAGAAGCCAGGAGGGAACAUGAAGGGGCCGUGCAGCUGCUGGAGUCUACCUUGGAUUCCAUGCAGGCCCGGGUUCGAGAGCUUGAGGAGCAGUGCCGCAGCCAAACUGAGCGCUUCGGUCUCCUGGCACGGGAGCUCCAGGCCUUCCGCCUACACCCUGGCCCCUUGGAUCUGCUCACCUCUGCCCUGGACUGUGGGUCCCUUGGGGACCACCCACCACCCCACUGUUGCUGCUCCACUCCCCAGCUCUGCCGGGGGUCCGGCCCCAAAGACCUUGACCUCCUGCCGGGCUCCCCAGGGCGCUGCACCCCAAAGUCCUCUGAGCCUGCCCCUGCCACCCUUACUGGAGUCCCUCGAAGGACAACCAAGAAGACAGAGUCUCUCUCCAACUCCUCACGCUCCGAGUCCAUCCACAACAGUCCCAAGUCAUGCCCCACACCUGAGGUGGACACGGCUAGCGAAGUGGAGGAACUGGAGGCGGACAGUGUCUCCCUGCUUCCAGCAGCGCCAGAGGGCAGCCGGGGCGGAGCCAGGAUCCAGGUCUUCCUAGCACGCUAUAGCUACAACCCCUUUGAGGGCCCCAAUGAGAACCCAGAGGCAGAGCUUCCACUGACAGCUGGCGAGUACAUCUAUGUCUAUGGCAACAUGGACGAGGAUGGCUUUUUUGAAGGGGAGCUCAUGGAUGGCCGAAGGGGCCUGGUCCCUUCCAAUUUCGUAGAGCGUGUGUCCGAUGACGACCUCUUGACCUCCCUCCCUCCGGAGUUGGCCGAUUUGUCCCACAGCUCAGGCCCUGAGCUCAGUUUCCUGAGUGGCGGUGGGGGUGGCAGCAGCAGUGGGGGCCAGAGCAGCGGGGGACACAGCCAGGCCAGACUGGAGGAGGAGGAUGCAGGAGACGAACUCAGUCUGAGCCCCCCACCAGAGGGCCUGGGCGAGCCUCCUGCUGUGCCUUACCCCCGCCGCCUGGUGGUUCUCAAACAGCUGGCCCACAGUCUGGUGCUGGCCUGGGAACUGCCUCCAGAGCGGGUGGAACUACACGGCUUCCAUAUCUGUGUGAAUGGGGAACUACGUCAGGCCCUGGGGCCUGGGGCGCCCCCCAAGGCUGUGCUUGAGAACGUGGACCUGCAGGCCGGACCCCUCCGUGUUUCUGUCCAGGCCCUGACCAGCCGGGGCAGCUCUGACCCUCUGCGCUGUUGCUUGGCGGUGGGUGCUCGGGCCAGACUGGUACCCAGCCAGCUGCGAGUCCAUCGGUUGACAGCCACAUCUGCAGAGAUUACCUGGGUGCCCAGCAAUAGCAACUUGGCCCAUGCCAUCUACCUCAAUGGGGAAGAAUGCCCACCUGCCCGCCCCAAUACCUACUGGGCCACCUUCUGCCACCUUCGGCCUGGCACACCCUAUCGGGCCCGAGUAGAGGCUCAGCUCCCACCCCGAGGGCCCUGGGAACCAGGCUGGGAGCGACCAGAGCAGCGGGCUGCCACCCUGCAGUUCACCACACUCGCAGCAGGGCCACCAGAUGCCCCCCUGGAUGUGCAGAUUGAGCCAGGGCCCUCCCCUGGAAUCUUGAUCAUCAGUUGGCUUCCAGUCACCAUCGAUGCUGCUGGUACCUCGAAUGGAGUCCGUGUCACAGGCUACGCCAUCUAUGCUGAUGGGCAAAAGAUCAUGGAGGUGGCCUCCCCCACAGCAGGCAGCGUGCUGGUGGAGCUGUCCCAGCUGCAACUGCUGCAUGCAUGUCGCGAGGUGUCCGUCCGCACCAUGUCACCCCAUGGCGAGUCAGCUGACUCCAUCCCAGCUCCUGUUGUGCCAGCCCUGACUCUGACUUGCCUACCAGCCCAGAUCUCCUGUCCCUCACCAAGACCAAGCCCAGAGGCCAGACCACCCCUUGCUGCAGCCUCCCCAGGGCCUGAAAACCCCAGCCCUCCUCCCCAGCUCUCUGGCCCCCAUGGAACUCAAGAUCCCCCAGCAAGCCCUCCCAGAGAGACACUGAAAGGAUCCCAAGAGGAACCUCCAGCACCUUGUGCCCAGGAGGCAGCGGGAGCAGCUGUGCUGGGUGCCUUGGAGGAGAGGAGAGGUCUUGAGCCAGCCCAGGGAGAGAGGGCCCCUGGCCCCGCAGCUCCCUCACUGGCUGAGCAGGAGGCUGAAUGGACUUCAGGAGAGGCCCGCCCGGCACCCUGCUCCACCGAGGGAGUGGCAGGUCAGCGGGCACCGAGCCCUGAAGCUUGCCAAGGAGGAGACACAGGGUCUGGGCUGAGGCCCAGGGCUGAGAGGGAGGACACGGCAGAGCUCAGCACUCGUCUGAACUCCCUUGUGGACCACGGCCGAAACUCAGACCUGUCAGACAUCCAGGAGGAGGAAGAAGAGGAGGAAGAGGAGCUGGGUUCCAGGAUUUGUUCCUUCCCGAAGCAGGUUUCUGGCAACAGCGUCAGGGAGAAUGGGGCCAAGCCCCAGCCUGACCCCUUUUGUGAGACUGACAGUGACGAGGAGAUCUUGGAGCAGAUCCUGGAGCUGCCCCUCCAGCAGUUCUGCAGAAAGAAGCUUUUUAGCAUCCCGGAGGAGGAGGAAGAAGAGGAUGAAGAAGAGAAGCCAGGGGCGGGCUCUUCUUCCCGAGACCCUGGCCCACCUGAACCUGUGUUGCUGGGGCUGGGCUGUGACAGUGCUCAGCCCCAAGGACCUGGCCAGUGCCCCUUGUCUCCUGAGUCAUCCAGGGCUGGGGACCACCUGGAGGACAUACCUGGGCUAGUUGGUGGAAGUGGCCGGAGGAGAGGAGGGGGUUCCCCUGAGAAGCCCCCAAGCCGCAGGCGGCCUCCAGAUCCCCGCGAACACUGCAGCCGACUUCUCAGCAACGGCGGGCCCCAGGCUUCCGGACGACCAGGCCCUACUCGGGAGAGAGGCGGCCUCCCUGUGGUUGAGGGCACCAAGGGUGGACUAGAAGCUGGUGGGAGAGGGCGGCCAGGCUCUUCUCGGAGGUGCCCCCGUGGCCAGGCCCCGGAGUCUGGGCUAGCCAGUUGCCUCUCCCCCAAGUGCCUGGAAAUCAGCAUUGAGUAUGAUUCAGAGGACGAGCAGGAGGCAGGCAGCGGGGGCGUCAGCAUCACCAGUUCCUGCUACCCUGGAGAUGGGGAGUCCUGGGGCACAGCACCCGUAGGAAGGUCCAGGGGGCCUGUGAAGGUCAAUUCAGGCCCCAACCCCUACCCUUGCCUCCUGGCCUGGGAGAAAGGGGAGCCAGAACGGAGAGGCCACAGUGCGAUGGGCAGAGCCAAGGAGCCACCCUCCCGGCCAGCAGAGACUGGAGAGCCCAGAGGGCAGGACAGCUCUGGGCGGAGGGGCCCCCAGAGGAGAGGGGCCCGAGCCCCCAGGCCAGGCACCACCAAGCUAGCCUUCCCAAGGAGCCCCCCAGAAGUGCUGGCUUACCAGGACCUACCUGUCAGAGUCUUUGUGGCACUGUUUGACUAUGACCCUGUGUCAAUGUCACCCAACCCUGAUGCUGGAGAAGAAGAGCUUCCCUUCCAGGAGGGUCAGAUCCUAAAGGUGUUUGGGGACAAGGAUGCCGAUGGCUUCUAUUGGGGUGAAGGUGGGGGCCGGACAGGCUACAUCCCCUGCAAUAUGGUGGCUGAGGUGGCUGUGGACAGUCCUGCGGGGAGACAGCAGCUGCUCCAGCGGGGUUAUCUGUCUCCGGAUGUUCUCACUGAGGGCUUGGGGAAUGGUACCUUUGUGUACUCCACAGCCCGCAUAACUGGGCCUCCUCCCAAGCCCCGUCGCUCCAAGAAAGCUGAGUCUGAAGGCCCUGCUCAGCCCUGUCCAGGCCCCCCCAUGCUGAUCCCCUCUGUUGACUUAAAAGCUCCCCGCUCCAUGGUGGCUGCAUUUGACUACAACCCCCGGGAGAGUUCCCCCAACAUGGACGUGGAGGCAGAGCUGCCCUUCCGGGCCGGGGAUGUCAUCACUGUGUUCGGGGGCAUGGACGACGAUGGUUUCUACUAUGGGGAAUUGAAUGGACAAAGGGGCCUGGUUCCAUCCAACUUCCUGGAGGGCCCUGGGCCUGAGGCAGGAGGCCUGGACAGGGAGCCCAGGACACCCCCGGCUGACAGUCAGGACUGGGCCAGCACAACACAGAGGCUGCUGGUGCACCCAGGCUGGCCCUGUGCCCCUAGCCCUGGCAGCCUCCUCAGGAUUGAUCUGGGGAAGCCACAGGGCACAAGCGAGAAGGUGCAGGGCCUCCUUUCCAAGGGGAAGCAGCUCCUCAGGAAACUGGGCUCUAGGAAGGAGUGAAACCAUGGCUCACCCUGCAGGCAGAAGCAGCCGGGAGGCCUGCAGAUGCCCUCAGGGCGUUGUCCUGGCUGAGCAGGGAGGGCUCCGUCUGGGCCCUGAAUUUCUGUUCUUCUGAGUUAACACUGUGGCACUUGGAUGGGAAUCAAAGAGACUUGGUGACGGUCAGAGCUGGAUGAGUCCUUAGAUGAACCCUCUAGAUGGGCACCUUCCUCUCACAGGAGGGGAAACUGAGCCCUGUAGAGAGCGAAUAACUUAUCUAAGGUCUGGACACAGGGCUCCUGCCUCCGUGUCCACCACCUUGCCUCCUCCUGGCUCCCACCAAACUUUGCUAGACCCUUCUUUGGCCUCGUCUUUCCAGGACGAGGACCCUGGAGGGAGAAAAGGGCCUGUUCCCUCUGAUACUCUGGCUGUCCUGAUCACGUCUUCCCUCCCCUGAAGGAAAGUUUGCACUGGAUUCUCCUCGCGCCUCCUCCCCAGUGGGCAGGCGGGAGCCGUGUAUAUAUGUACAUACUCAGUGCCUCAGCCCAGCUUCCUCCAUCUCGCUUCCACCCCACAGGCCCGGGGAGGAGAAAGGCCGUGCCAAAGCAGGCCUCACCCUGCCCCAUUGUGCGCCACCCUCCCCGCAGGGCCUCCUGGCCCCGGUAUGGUCCCUGCCCCAAAGACCCAGGGGACCAGUGGGCAGAAAGCAGGAGUUGGGUUUGCCUUAUUUUGCUCAUUGGAUUCAACUUCUCUUUUGCAUCAUUUUCCUCUGGCACCUGUCGGAGUCCAGGGCUGGGGAAAAGGACAGAUUUAUGAAGCUAUUUUCAUACAUUCCCUGUUCAGAGUGGGUGGGGUUCUCCACCCUUCCCUUAACCACCCCAUGCCCCGCCCCCUGGCUGGGCGAGUGUCUCUUUGCAUGUUUCCUCUGCUGUGGUGGGAGAUUGUUUGAGCCCCUGCCCCACCUUGGUCUCCAGGGGUAUGGAAUGGUGGGGGCGUUUGUUUAAAAAGACAUUUUAUUAUAAUAAAGUCUAUUUUCAUA